UAUUUACUUUUCACAUCUCCCGUGAAUAUCUACUCCGUCAUCCCCAAUUGAAAACUAUUUGCACUCCCUCCUGACCAUCUACGUAAUAAGUACCUCUACAUCGCCACCUCUCUCGCAAACCUCCAGAACUCCAACCCUUAACGAUGCCCCAACCCUCUCUACCACCUCCAGCCCACCCAGACGUUGACUCAAUGUUGAGCCGGAAAUUCGGCCGUGAAGUGGCCAACUACUUCAGUGGCUCCCCCUUGAACCGCGUUUCCUUCUUACGUACGAACCAUGAAUUUAUAUCUCAAGCCUUCGUUCAUCCCAGCACCAAUUUUCUACUCUUGAAUAGCCUCGCUCCUCUCACUAAAGACCCAAGUCACCUAGCAUAUGCCUCUCACUCCGAGAUAUCCGGUUUAACCGGAUCCAAUCCCUUUGAAAAAACAGAGGCCGAUUUGAUUAAGGAAUUUAAUUCUUCGAUAACGUUACCCCUCGUAUUAUUUCUGGGUUUGGAUGAGAGGAAGAAGGAAGGCUUUAGUCAUGGGAUUUAUAGUGGAGUUCCCUAUUUUGCAAUCGAUGUGACGCCCAAGGGCACAUAUGAGCCAGAAGCAAAUGGCGUGGUGGAGGCAAUGAAAGAAAAGGGAUUGCAGUUUCAAAGCGGUAGAUUGGUCAUGACUUUGGAUGCAGAGGAUGCAGCGAUUUUUGCCCAAGCGAGAGCCCUAUUGGAUUGGAAUGCUAGGAAUCCUUUCUGUGCAGGGUGUGGACAACCUACCUUAUCUGUAAGUUCACUCUAAUCCAAAAAUGUAGAUGCAAAAUAAGAAUGCUAAUGUAAAAUCCAGAUCCAAGCAGGCACUAAACGGGUCUGUCCACCAACAGACUUUGCAUCUCUGCCUACAGCCCAAGCAGGAGUCAACCCUGAGACACCCAACCAAAGAGCACCAUGCGCUACCAGAAAAGGCGUAUCCAAUCUUUCCUUUCCCCGUACUGAUCCCACCGUCAUCACGGCAGUAGUCAGCCACGACGGUAAGCGACUCCUCCUGGGACGAGCAAAAAGCUGGCCAAAGGAUUGGUACAGUGCAUUAGCGGGAUUUUGCGAACCUGCCGAAUCAGUCGAAGAAGCAGUACGUCGAGAAGUCUGGGAAGAAUCCGGUGUGAAACUCGGUCGUGUAGUGAUCCAUAGCACACAACCUUGGCCCUAUCCCGCCAACUUGAUGAUUGGAGCAAUUGCACAGGCUUUACCUGAUGGAGAGCAAAUCCAUCUGGAGUAUGAUCCGGAAUUGGAAGAUGCAAGGUGGUUUUCUAUGGAGGAGAUUAGGGAGGCAUUGAUCAAUGGGACGAGUUCGUUGGGAGAACCACCCAGUGCGGGGUAUAAGGAGGGAAAUUUGAGAUUAGCGCCUUCUACUGCUAUUGCGAUGCAGCUAAUCAAAGCCGUUGCUGAGGGUUUUCUGGGUGAGAGUCCUAAGAUUUGAGGAGGUGGUGAGAGCUGUAUUUGUGGUAUUUAGAAUAUAUUAUAUGUUGGAUGAAUCUAAUUUGUAAGAUGUAGAUCAAGACUACCUAUAAAGAAGAUAGGGGGCCCGCAAAAUGGGAGGUUGCCCGAAAGUAGAGUACUAGACUUAUUUUCUAUUUCCGGGUGAAAGAAUUUAUAAAGUGAAUUGAAAACUUC